GAGCGGCCGCGCGCGGACACGGCCGGCGGCGCACUUCCGCCUGCGCCCGUCGCUGCCCCGUGGCCGGCUGCGCCUCCCUCGGCUCCUGCCGGGGGCCUCGGGGAGCUGGGUGGAAGAUGUCUAUGGAUGUGACGUUUCUGGGGACAGGCGCAGCAUACCCAUCCCCAACUCGGGGUGCCUCUGCUCUGGUCCUUCGGUGUGAGGGCGAGUGCUGGCUCUUUGACUGUGGGGAAGGAACCCAGACACAGCUUAUGAAAAGUCAACUUAAAGCAGGGAGAAUUACCAAGAUCUUCAUCACGCAUCUUCAUGGAGACCAUUUCUUUGGCCUUCCUGGCCUUCUCUGCACAAUCAGCCUGCAGAGUGGCUCCACCGUCACCAAACAGCCUAUCGAAAUCUACGGCCCUGCAGGGCUGCGGGACUUCAUCUGGCGAACCAUGGAACUCUCUCACACAGAGUUGGUCUUCCCUUACGUGGUCCAUGAGCUGGUACCUACGGCAGAUCAGUGUCCUACAGAAGAACUGAAAGACUUUGUACAUGUGAAUAGAGCAGACAGCCCUCCCAAAGACGGACAAGGAAGAACUAUCCUAUUAGACUCAGAAGAAAACUCAUACCUUCUGGUUGAUGAUGAACAGUUUGUCGUGAAAGCAUUUCGCCUCUUUCACCGAAUACCCUCCUUUGGGUUUUCAGUCAUGGAGAAGAAACGCCCAGGUAAACUCAAUGCCCAGAAACUGAAAGACCUCGGUGUUCCGCCAGGUCCUGCCUAUGGGAAGCUGAAAAAUGGAAUUUCUGUUGUUCUGGAAAAUGGAGUUACAAUUUCUCCCCAAGAUGUCUUAAAAAAGCCUAUUGUUGGAAGAAAAAUCUGCAUUUUGGGUGACUGUUCUGGAGUUGUGGGUGAUGGAGGAGUGAAGCUGUGCUUUGAAGCAGACCUGUUGAUCCAUGAAGCAACCCUGGAUGACGCCCAGAUGGACAAAGCAAAGGAGCACGGCCACAGCACACCACAGAUGGCAGCGGCGUUUGCAAAGUUGUGCCAAGCAAAGAGGCUGGUUCUGACUCACUUCAGUCAGAGGUACAAACCAGUUGCCUUGGCCAGAGAAGGAGAAACAGAUGGGAUUGUAGAACUGAAAAAGCAAGCUGAAUCGGUGUUAGAUCUCCAAGAAGUGACUCUCGCGGAAGAUUUUAUGGUGAUUGGCAUUCCGAUCAAGAAAUGAAGCCAGUUUUCCUGAAUGCAUACUGACAUGUCUGUGAAUACGUUACUGAACCAACAGUCCAGUUUCUUAUUGUUGUUGUUGUUGUCGUUUUGGUCUAAAAUUAUUUGGGUCCUAAUAAUCGUAAAAAGGAUGGAGCUGCGUUGGUGAACUGACUCAGCAGGGAGAGGGAACAAGCUUUUUGAUAAUAAAUCAUUUUAAAAAGAAAAAAA